AUGUCGACGCUCUCCCCAGCCCAGUCCCCAAAGGCCCGCAGGAAACCCUCCACCCGCCGCCGCGCAGGCUCACACGUCCCCCCCUAUCCCAACUACCCAACCCAGGAGUCCCACGACAACGCCCUCGCCGCAAUCCGCUCCUUCCUCAGGUGCCAUACCGCAUACGAUGCCUUCCCCGUCUCCUUCAGGCUCAUUGUUCUCGACACAAAACUAAACGUCAAGAAAGCUCUUCAGUGCCUGCUAUUAAAUGGUGUCGUAUCUGCGCCGCUAUGGAACAGCGAGACGUCAAAGUUCGCAGGCAUGCUCACCGUCCUCGACAUCAUCCAUCUGAUCCAGUACUAUUACCGCACUGCCUCCUACGACUAUGCCGCCACUGACGUCGAAACUUUCCGUCUGGAAUCACUACGAGACAUCGAGCUCAGCCUCGGCGUUGACCAGCCACCCCUCAUGAAGGAGCACCCCUCUAGCUCUCUCUACGACGCCUCCAGGACAUUGAUGAAGACCCAUGCUCGACGAUUACCUCUUCUCGACUACGAUACCGAAACUGGUCAUGAAGUCAUUGUCUCUGUCCUCACUCAGUAUCGUCUCCUCAAGUUCAUCUCCAUAAACUGUCAUAAAGAGGUCCAGCAGCUUCAUAUGCCCCUGCGGCGACUCAAGAUCGGCACGUACGUCUCUCCCGCCAGUGAACUCACGGAAGGCCAAAGCCCAUACCACCCCAUCGCAACCGCAUAUCUUUCAACACCCGUAUUCGACGUCGUCCACAUGUUCUCCGAGCGGUCCAUCUCCGCCGUCCCUAUUAUCGACGACCAAGGCGUCGUCGUCAAUCUCUACGAGACCGUUGAUGUUAUCACUCUCGUCCGACUCGGCGCAUACCAAUCCCUUGAUCUCAAGAUAUCAGAGGCCCUUAAUCAGAGAUCACCAGAUUUCCCGGGUGUCGUCGUUUGUACUGCUUCAGACUCGCUCGGGACUUUGCUGCAGCUGAUAAAGCUCCGACGGGCCCACCGGUUUGUGGUCGUCGAGAGCGAGGAGGAAGAACGACGCGGUGGCAAGAAAGGCCGCCUGCUGGGCAUCAUCACCCUCAGCGACGUCCUCCGCUACAUCAUCGGGAAAGUCGACGAUGACGACAACCAAGAGCUCAAGUCCUCACAAUCCGAGCCGAGCAUGAAGAAACCACCACGACCUUGA